UAACGGGGGGCGGAGGAGGAGGAGGAGGAGAAGGAGGAGGAGGAGCGGGGGGCUACUCCGGGAAAGCAGCAGCGCGAUCGGCGCCGAGCAUCGCUACCUCCGCCACCCGAGCGCCGAGCGGCCGGGACUGGCACCUCGGCAAGCUUCGUCCCGCUCUUCCUCCUCCUCCUCCUCAGCCUCCUCCUCCUGCUGCUGCUGCCGCUGCUGCCGCCGCUCGCAGCCCGCGGCCGGGGCGCGCCCGGCGGAGCGCUCGGCGAUGGCAGCGCGGGGCGGGCGCGGCGCGGGGCGGGCGGGCGCGGGCCGAGGGUAGCGCGGGGGUCCCGCAGCGCUCUCCCCGCCGGGGUGCCGGGGACCGCGGGCUCGGAGCCCGGGAGGGUCGCGGCGGGGCUCGGUCGGUGUCGGGCGGGGCGCGGUACCGCGGGAUGUGAGCGGCGCGGCCGGGCAGGGACAGGGGCAGCGACAGGGACAGGGGCGGGCGGUGCGGGCGGCGCCGGUGGCCCCGGUGGCCCCGGGCCCGGCAUGCCGCGCUGCCGGAACUGCCGCCCGCCGCGCAGCUCGGGGCCGCGGGCCGCCCGCGGGCGCUGCCCCCGCCGCUCGGGGCCGCAGCCGGCGGGGGGCCCGGGGAUGGCGCGGCGCUGCUCGCCCUGAGCCCGGCCCGGAGGAGGACGAGCGGCGGCGGCGGGAGGAGGAGGAGGAGGGGAGCGCCCAUGGCGCGGGGGCGCCGGGCGCCGGCGCUGCGCACUCGGCUGCACGGGCUGCGCCUCAUGUGCUCGGCGCGGGCGGCGCCGGCGCGCCGGGCGCUCUGGGUGCUCGCCUUCUGCACGGCGCUGGGGCUGCUGCUGGCCUGGUCCUCCGACCGCCUGCUGCACUGGCUCGCCUUCCCCUCGCACACCCGCGUGCGCACCGAGUGGAGCCGCCAGCUGCCCUUCCCCGCCGUCACGCUGUGCAACAACAACCCGCUGCGCUUCCCUCGCCUCUCCAAGGGCGACCUGUACUACGCGGGGCACUGGCUGGGGCUGCUGCUGCCCAACCGCACCGCGCGGCCGCUGCUCACCGAGCUGCUGCGCGCCGACGAGGCGCGGCUGCGCUGGUUCGCCAAACUGGCUGAUUUCCGCCUCUUUCUGCCGCCCCGCCACUACGAGGGCAUCAGCGCCGACUUCAUGGACCGCCUGGGCCACCAGCUGGAGGACAUGCUGCUGUCCUGCAAGUACCGCGGCGAGCUCUGCGGCCCGCACAACUUCUCCGCGGUGUUUACAAAAUAUGGGAAAUGCUACAUGUUUAACUCAGGAGAGGAGGGGAGGCCUCUCCUCACAACGGUGAAGGGGGGGACAGGGAAUGGCCUGGAAAUCAUGCUGGACAUCCAGCAAGACGAGUAUCUGCCCAUCUGGGGAGAAACAGAGGAGACGACGUUCGAGGCCGGAGUCAAGGUGCAGAUACACAGCCAGUCCGAGCCUCCCUUCGUCCAGGAGCUUGGAUUUGGGGUGGCCCCCGGAUUCCAGACCUUUGUGGCCACCCAGGAGCAAAGGCUGACGUACCUGCCCCCGCCGUGGGGCGAGUGCCGCUCCCCGGAGCUGGGGCUGGCCUUCUUCCCGGUGUACAGCGUCACGGCCUGCCGGAUCGACUGCGAGACCCGCUACAUCGUGGAGAACUGCAACUGCAGGAUGGUGCACAUGCCAGGGGAUGCUCCCUUCUGCACCCCGGAGCAGUACAAGGAAUGCGCAGAGCCCGCGCUCAGUCUCCUGGCAGAGAAGGACAGCAAUUACUGCAUCUGCAGGACCCCCUGUAACCUCACCAGGUACAACAAGGAGCUCUCCAUGGUCAAGAUCCCCAGCAAGACCUCGGCCAAGUACCUGGAGAAGAAGUUCAACAAGUCGGAAAAAUACAUCUCAGAGAAUAUUCUCGUGCUGGACAUUUUUUUUGAAGCACUCAACUAUGAGACCAUUGAGCAGAAGAAAGCCUAUGAAGUGGCAGCCUUACUUGGUGACAUUGGUGGCCAGAUGGGGCUGUUCAUCGGGGCCAGCAUCCUCACCAUCCUCGAGCUCUUCGAUUACCUGUAUGAGCUGAUCAAGGAAAAGUUAUUGGACCUUCUUGGAAAAGAGGAAGAGGACGGGAGCCAUGAUGAGAACGUGAGCACCUGUGAUCCAGUGCCAAACCACUCGGAGAGCCUGAGCCACACUGUGACCGUGCCCCUGCAGGCGCCGCUAGGAACGCUGGAGGAAAUCGCCUGCUGA